GCACCAUCUCCUUAUUUAAACCUCACGGUACAUUUGUGAGAAUCAUCGAAUAACUUCUACUCAUAAUCUCCAAGACUGCAGCAUCGAUUGGACUUUUACAAUGAAGCAAAAGCAUUACCUGGUACUUUCCAUUCCAUGCCUUACCCUCCUGGUUUACGUUUCCUUCAUGGUGGGAAAAGAUGGGCCUACCAUAUUUAAGAGACAAGUAAUGACCCCAAGCAAGACCAGAACCUCCCUGCAACCCAUGCUUCAAAGGAAGUGCGUACCAGUGAGCAGUGUGGUUUCCAUCAAGACUCACAAAACUGGGGGCACCACCAUCAGUUCUAUUUUGAAUAGAUACGGUGAGCGGCACAACUUUUCCUUUCUCGCCAACAGACAUGAUCCUACCACGGGACAUUUCCGCACUGUCCUGGUAGAGAACAAGACCAUCCUGCCACCAUUAGGAGUUCUCGAGCAUGAUUACACAAACUACCAGAACUACAACUUGAUGACAUUUCAUAUCAUUUUCCUAAAGAAUGAGGAGAGAUUGAAGCAGUUUAUGAGUCCAGAACCGAGAUUCAUUACCAUUUUACGGGACCCUACCAAGCAAUGGGAAUCGGCAUUCUUUUUCUUUGAAGGCUACAAUACAAUGAGAGUGCCAGGAGUAAAACCUAUUGAAAAACUCAAUAACUUUUUUAAACGGCCACUCACCUAUUGGGGAAAAAGGGGGAAAGGUUUUUUUAAAAGCCAAUAUAGAAACGGACAGUGGGUUGACAUUCUUGGGAGUUCACGUUCCAUAAAUAACAAUAUGACUCACGUAGAAGAAUUAAUCAAAGAACUUGAGAAAAAGUUACAACUGGUUCUACUCACCGACUAUAUUGAUGAAUCGUUGGUACUGCUUAAACGUCUCCUGUGUUGGGAGUUCGAAGAUUUACUGUACGUUAAAAUGAACCAACGUCCAUCGGAUUUGAGCGCAGUGAUGAGCGAGGACCAGCGAGAGAAGAUUAGAGAGUGGAAUAAAGCAGAUAUGAUAUUGUAUGAUCAUUACAAUCGAACUCUCUUGAGAAAGAUAGCUGAUAUUGGGCCAAACUUCUACAAGGACUUGGACGCAUUCCGGGAGAUGUUGGACAGCUAUGGCCGAUGGUGCAAUAUUACAAUGAAAGCGGAUAAAGUUAGGAAGGUACCUGUGACUACAAACUCAUCAGCUCUUUGCCAAAGACUUGUUGCAGAUAGAACCAAAUGCGUUCAAAUAAUGAUGGAGCAUCAAAGGAACCAGCUCACUUCUCCAUUAAUGCCACUGAAAUCUCCUUAACUAUAUUGGUAUCACAGACGUUAAUAGAAUGUAUUUAGCUCUAUAAAUAAGGAAAAACCGAUGAAACCAAACAAAUUUUCAAUUUGAGAGGGAAUGAAAAUGUUAAGUGGAUAAAGUCAUCACUCAUUUAUCGAGCUCAACUAACAGCAAUUUGCAUAUAUUGCUGGGAAGUGUUAAGGCUAUUACAAAAUAUAUACAUGUUUAGCGUCCCCGCCCGCUUCCUUUUUU